GAAGCUCAAAGCCACUGAGCAAAGUGCAAAGUCUACCCGCCUGCUGCACCAGUAUCCAGCAGUCAGUACAUUCACGACACUAUCACUUGCACCACAUCACUGCUUCUGAAGAGACGGGGGACAGAGAAGAGACGUUGCUAAGAGUUUGGACGGCUAAGACCAGAGCAUGUUUGUGACUGUGUUCCUGCUUCUGGUCACUCUGUGUGCCCGGGGAGGAUAUGGAGAGGAGAGAGAGGAGGCACAGAGACCCGGCCAUGUUUCGGUGGUGAUAGUGGGAGGCACAGGCGACCUGGCAAAGAAGUACCUGUGGCAGGGCUUCUUCCAGCUAUACGUUAACCAGGUCAGUAGCGGAAACACCUUUUCCUUCUACAGCGGAGGACUGUCACCUACUGACAAGGCCACACCGCUCUUCUUUGAGAUCCUAAAGGCGGUGUCGUGCUCAAAAAAUCUAUCUCAGGAGCGCUGCGCUCUUCUGAAAGAGCAGUUCCUUCGACUCUCACAGUAUCGGCAGCUGAAAACCCUCGAGGACUACCAGGAUCUGGCCAAGCACAUAGAGAAACGGCUUCAGGAAGAGGGAAUGACAGAGGCAGGGAGGCUCUUCUACCUCUCAGUUCCAGCUUUUGCAUAUGCAGACAUUGCUGAUAAAAUCAAUAACAGUUGCAGGCCAGCCGGUGGGGCGUGGUUGAGGGUGGUGCUAGAGAAACCUUUUGGCCAUGACUUUAGGAGUGCUCAGGUGCUAGCAUCUCAGCUCGGGAGCUUCUUGAAGGAUGAAGAAAUGUACCGAAUUGACCAUUACCUGGGGAAACAGGUGGUUUCAAAGAUACUUCCCUUCAGAACAGAGAACAAGAAGUUUCUGGAUCCCAUCUGGAACAAACACCACAUUGAGAGAGUGGAGAUUGUAUUGAAAGAGACCCUGGAUGUUAAAGGUCGUAUUCCCUUUUAUGACCAAUACGGGGUGAUCAGAGAUGUGCUACAGAACCACCUGACCGAGGUCAUGACACUGUUGACCAUGAGGCUUCCAGUGAAUCAGAGCAGCAGUGAGGAAGUCAUCCAGAACAAGCUGCAGAUCUUCAGUUCCCUGUUGCCCCUGGGAAAGAAUCAAGCUGUGAUCGGCCAGUACCAAUCCUACAAAUCAGAAGUUCAGCAGGAGCUGAAUAAGACAAAAGAUCACGUCAGUCUCACACCAACAUUUGCAGCUGUAUUGGUACACAUCGAUGAGGCCCAAUAUGAAGGUAUGCCAAUUCUUUUAGUCUCCGGGAAGAUGUUAGAUGAACGGGUGGGAUACGCACGCAUACUUUUCAAGAAUGACAUCUUUUGUGUUCAGAACCACAACAGCAUUCACUGCAAGCCCAAGCAGAUAGUUUUCUACUUUGGGCAUGGCAACCUUCAAUAUCCAGCAAUUCUUGUAAGUAAGAAUUUGUUCAAGCCAGUCUUAAUGGACGGUGAGUGGAAGGAAGUGACAGAGCAUAAUGAUGUCAGUGUUUUAGGUUUACCUAUUUCAGACUACUAUGUGCAAACUCCAGUCGAGCAGAGGGAGGCUUAUGCAGAACUAAUUUCUCACAUCUUUGCUGGACGUAAGAAUAGUUUCAUUAGUACUGAAAGCCUGCUGGCUUCCUGGGGCUUAUGGACACCACUGCUAAGUAGCCUGGCCAGCUCUUUUCCCCGCAUCUACCCUGGUGGUGCAGACAAUGGGGCCCUGCUGGACGUCCAUCUGAAAGGGAAGGACAUUAGCUACAAGAGUGAGGUGGUGAUAAUCAGCCCGGAUCAGAUGAGUGGCACGUCAGCAAACAGUUUUCAAGUGAUGCAAGGCAAAUUUCGUAGUGCCGACAUGGUGUCUGCCUGGGCAGAGGAGCUAGUGGAGCAGCUAGCUGCAGACGUGCAGGAAGCGGCUGAAGCAGCAAUUCGUGAGAGAGGCGUUUUCCAUCUCGCCCUCUCUGGUGGGUCCACACCCCUUGCUCUGUUCCACAGGCUGGCCCUGCAUCACUUCUCUUUCCCCUGGAGGGACACCCAUGUGUGGAUGGUGGAUGAGCGUUGUUUGCCGCUGACUGAACUAGAGUCAAACUUCUACACCCUUCAUAACCACCUACUUCAGCAUGUGAGGAUACCUUAUUACAACAUCCACCCCAUGCCUGUGCAGCUCAACCAUCGUUUAUGCGUGGAGGAGGAUGGAGGUGCACAGCUGUAUGAGAGAGAGGUCAGAAAGUUGGUUAAUGGCUCCAGCUUCGAUUUUGUGCUAUUGGGAGUCGGCUUUGACGGCCACACGGCCUCUCUGUUCCCUGGUACCAAAGUGGAUGAACUUGGGGAGAGUCUGGUGGCCCUCACUGAGAGCCCUGUCAAACCUCACCAGCGUAUGAGCCUCACAUUCAGUGCCAUCAACCGAGCCCACAAAGUUGCUCUUUUAGUGAUGGGUAAAGGCAAGCAUGAGCUGAUCACCCAGCUGAGCCGAGUGAAGGACAACCCAGACAAAUGGCCCGUCACUGGGGUGAAGCCUGUUAAUGGCACAUUAGUGUGGUACAUAGACUAUGAUGCACUUUUAGGAUAGAGAUUGUAAUCCUAACCUUCAAUCAGGCGAAUGUGUUUGGAGCUGCUUUAAUUCAACAGCUAGUUUGGGGUAAAGAAUGUAUGAGGACCAGUAGUUUUACAUGUUUUAGCUCAUUAACUACAAAUCACAAACAACAACUAUUACUGCUGUAUUUUUUUAAAGUAUGCCAGCAGUUUUCUGAUUGAUUUCCUACCUUCCCAUCAACCAUUUGUUAGAGUCCAGAAACAUAAACUUUUAUCAAAAUAAGAAAUCCAUUAUGGAUCUCACUGUGUAGAAUGACAGUUGAUGGGGCCACUGCAUGGGACCACAGCACCUACUCAUACAUGUGUGAAGAUCCUGUUAGGUACCAGAUCCUAAACAUUAAUUCACAUUAGCCUAAGGCACACUGUAAAAGUUUUUUGCAGUAGCCUGCGUCCUCCCCAAGGAACAUCUUGUGACCCUGAAUGACAACAAUAUUAUGACUGUUCACUCCACAACCGGAGGCUUGGUCCAUUGUAUCUUUAUGACCUUGGUUGCUUAUGGGAACUGCUAUGGACUGGGCCAGCUUGAGUCUGUCAGUGCCUUUACAGUUGUCCUUGAGACAGACAGUGAACUCUUGCUUAUAGGGUCUACUUGUAAGUGGCCUGUGGAAACACUGCCUAAUGCUACCUAAAGACACCUAAAGAAGGAAGAAUUCCUUCACAGGCAGGAAUGUUAAGUGUUCAUAAUUAACAGUUUAUGGGUGAAUAAAAAAAAAACAGGUCUGGUUCUUUUUAACUGAAAGUUUAAACCUCAUUUGAAUAUUUUUCUGUGUGUGUUAGUGUGAAGUGAUUAUACAAACUUUUUAUGGUUUAUCUAAUCCUGAUAAAGUGUGAGAUGAGUGAAAAUCUAGACAAAUAAGUGAAGUAUAUACUGUAUGCCAGCAGUUUACAGAGUGCAAGGUAUGUAGCACUAUGUGAAAAUCUGAUGUUGUAAACAUCUGGUGCCUAAAGCCAAUUCCAACAAGCCUAACCCAAGAUUUGUGCACUUUUUAUAACCCAGGAUAGUUUUAUUUUUUAACUAUAUCAGAUCUCAGGUGAAUUUGUGAAUUUCUAAACAAAGUUUAGUGUGUAAUCUACACUUCUUGAUUGUAUGUGUCAUAUUGGUGAGUAGCUGUGACCCAAUGAGUAAAAAAAAUGUGACUAGUUCCAUAAAUAAUAUAUUUUGUUUGUAAAAUAAUAAUAGUGAUAAUGGAAAGAGACAAAAAGUUUCAAUUUCAGGUAAUUCAAAAUAUUUAGUGCUUCACUAAUACAAAGCACAUUCCCAACCCACAUUCACAUUCCACUUAGAAAAAUCAACAUGUGUGAUCUUCAGGUGGUUUUUCUACAUUCUAGAGUCCAAAUUAAAGUAGCUUUAUUUCAAUUUUAGGUUGAUUCUCAUUUCAGAAAAGUUUUACAGGUCUGUAUAAUCAAAACCUUCGGACUUGAAAGAAAACUAAAUAAUCAGUUGUGUAAAAAAGUUUUGGAUAGUGUGCAGGAUUUUUUUGGUCUUCUUCUUAAGGCUGAUUUUAUAUAACUGUGGCUGAAGGUCCUCUUUAAAUUAAAUGUGGAGUGCUACUGAAUUACACCAGUCAUGUUAUUACUGUGCCCGUGUUUGAUUCAUAGAAAGAAAAGUGCCCAUGAUGUACAGUGAAUUAUAUAUUUAAUACUUCUUCCAUUUACUGCAAGUGGAGAACUUCUGUGCAUCACACUGGCACCACAUGACCUCCUCAGCCACAGGAUUAUGAUCUUAUCUUCAACAUAUGAUUGCAUUUUUAAGCUUUUUUUAAAUUUUCCUUUCCAUAACUUUAUCAUUUUCCAGGUGUUUUAAAGUUUGAUUUAUUAGAUGUGAAAGUUACAAGUAGAUAUGUGGUGAAUACAUAGAGUAAUAUUAAUUUGGCAGUAGGAAACAGAUCAGUUACAGUACAUGGCUACUUGUGUGAAUAGAAAAUAGCAGGUAAAACAGAUUCACAAGAUGCACUGGCUGGAUUUUUCAGUUUAUUUGUUGUUAAUAGUUUGUUUUCCCAGUUACAUUUUUGUAAGAUCAUUUAGAUGAUGGGGAUCAUUUACGUCUGGGUUUUUUUUUUUUUUUUUUUUUUUUUUAAAUAUUACAACCUGACCAUCCUACCUUCAUCAGUGUAAAGAAUUGCCUUUAUAAUCCUGCUAUAAUCUGUUUAAUGUAGCUUUACUUUUCCAAUCAGAAAAAAAUCAUUAUCAGUACUGUUUACAGAUUUCACAUCUUUAUUUUUAUAUGUAUAAUCAGGUAUAAUUACACACUGAAUCUGAACAUAUUUAUUACCUUCCUGUUGUUACGUGAAACAAACAUAACUUGUAGAUAAAUAAAUAAAUAUAAGCAAACCGU